AUGUCGAUGCCACGCGUGAUUCUGAUCCGCCACGGAAGCACCGAAUGGGCGAAGAAUGGCCGGCAUACGGGCCGCACGGAUAUUCCGCUUUUGCCUGAAGGCAUUGACGUGGCGCACGCGUUUGGAAAGAAGCUCUUGGGCGGCAGUUCGGACGAUGUCAUUAAUCUGCACACGCUCGAGACCAUCGCAUGCAGCCCUCGCCGCCGCUGUUUGCAGACGGUAGAUGCGAUCUUUGGGACGCCUGCACAGCGUGAUUUUGUGUCGCUGCCGCGUGUAGAAGAGUAUGACGAUCUGCGUGAAUGGGACUAUGGCGCGUACGAAGGGCUGACCACGACGGAAAUCCGCAAAGAGCGCCCUGGAUGGGAUAUCUUUCGCGACGGCGCGCCGGAUGAUUUGAACGAUGCCAGUUCUCCGGGAGAGUCGAUUGCACAAGUGGGUGAGCGUGCGGACCGCGUCCUGAAGCGCGCGCGCGCGAUCAACGAGGAAAAGAACCGCGACGUUGUGCUUGUCACACAUGGUCAUUUUAGCCGCGUGCUUAUUGCGCGCUUCAUUCAGCUUCCUGUGGGCAUGGGUGCCGUAUUUGAUAUGGACACGAGCGCGGCCGUGGUGCUCUCCUACGCUCACCAUUCUUUUAAAGAGCCCGUACUCAAGGCCAUGUUUUCGCCGAGUAUUCACCCGCACCUUUUGUCUUUGUCCACACGGCCACACGAGGAGCAUCAGUACUUGAGCCUUGUUGCAGACGUCAUGCGCGAUGGUGUCCAUCGUGCCGAUCGGACAGGCACGGGCACGCGCGCGAUUUUCGCACCACAUACCACACUCAAGUUCGACCUGCGCGGCAACACACUGCCACUCCUUACCACCAAGCGCGUCUUCUCUCGCGGAAUGAUCGAGGAGCUUUUGUGGUUUAUUUCCGGUAACACGGACGCAAACUGGCUCGCCGAGCGCAACAUUCACAUCUGGGACGGCAACGGCUCGCACGAUUUUCUGACAAAGCGCGGCCUCGGCCACCGGCGCGAGGGUGAUUUGGGGCCCGUGUAUGGCUUCCAGUGGCGCCAUUUCGGCGCGCAGUACGUCGAUGCCGACACGGAUUACACGGGAAAAGGCGUCGACCAACUUGCCCAGGUCAUCCAUCAAAUCAAGACGAACCCUACCGAUCGCCGCAUUUUGCUCAGCGCGUGGAAUCCGCCGGACUUGCCGCUCAUGGCGCUUCCUCCUUGCCACAUCCUUUGUCAAUUCUUUGUCGUGCCGCCCACCGAGGACGAAGCCCAGGAGGGGAAGCUGCCGCAGCUGUCCUGCCAGAUGUACCAGCGGUCCUGUGAUCUGGGGCUGGGCGUGCCGUUCAACAUUGCGAGCUACUCGCUGCUCACGCAUCUUAUUGCACACGUCACGGGUUGCGAGGCUGCGGAAUUUACUCUGGCUAUGGGCGAUGCACACGUCUACUUAGAUCAUAUCGAGCCGCUCAAGGUGCAAUUGCAGCGCGAGCCGCGCGAAUUCCCCAAGCUCAAGCUCAUGCGCAAAGUGGACAACAUCGAUGAUUUCCGUCUCGAGGAUAUCACCAUUGAAAACUACCAUCCCCACAGCAAGCUUGACAUGAAGAUGAGCGUGUAG